CUAUUUUACUUCUUCUUUCUUUUAUGGCUGGUUGGGCAUUAGUCGCCCAUACACCAUUGUUUCUUAUGGGUUUGUAGAAUAUAAGCAAAACUUCUCUAAGAGAGGGGGGAGUCUAAAAAAAGGUCCAGACAAAGGACAUACGCAGCACGCAAAAACUCGUCCGAACCCGACACGUUGUCAGUCGGAACUUAUCCCUAUUUUACAUGUGAUUUCCAUAGACAUGGAAUAUAUAGAUAGACUUCAUGUAUAAUCAUGCAUAGCAGCCUUUAGUAUGCAUUAAUGCGGCGUAGUGUGGGUGAGUGAAUUGAUUAUCAAUUUUUGAUUCUAACCGUGCAAUUUUAACCUCGUGUUUCUACGUUAUUUCGCGCGAUUUCGAAGCAAAAUGGAUUCUCAGACAAAUAAAAAAAUAACAUGGUCUUUGCUGGAACUCACCGGACUCUUGGAAGAAGAGAAUGCUCACGUGCACUUUGAGAGAACCACCAAGCAUCUCGCGUUACAUCCGUACCAUUUAAUUAACAUUCAGCGAGGUCUGAAUCAAAUAUUAAAAUCAUCAUUGAACAGCUACGACAAAGAAUUGAAUGGAUUUAUGCUCGCUUUUAAAAAUCCGAAAUUACUUAGUAAUUUUGGGGAGCUACUCUAUGACUCUCCCUUUAUCCAUGUUGAUAUAGAAGCAGACUUUUAUUUGUUUCGUCCAAUGGUUGGAUCUUUUCUAAAAGGUAUAGUGAACAAGAAAGGCUUGGAUCAUAUUGUAGUCCUAGUGCAUAAAAUAUAUACUAUAUCUAUUCCAAAACCGGAUAAUAUGGAGGAAUGGUUAGGAGAUUCGGUGGAGAUUGGUCAAGAAAUAAGAUGCUGCAUAAAUCAUGUAGACAACAAGAGUAAGCCUCCUUUUAUCUGUGCCACUUUAAAUUCUGAUUAUUUGCAAGGCUGCAGAUUAUCACAGAGCAUAAAUAAUGUCUAUAAUAUGGAAAAUGUUAUUGAAAACCACAACUUAGAUAGUACUAUUAAGCUUGAGAAGACAAACAGUGAAAUAUCAGAAGAUGAUAAUAUUUCUGCUAAAGAGAAGAAACGUCGAAAGAAACAUAAAAAGUCUUGUGAGAUUAAUACUUUUAAAAAUACUAAAUAUGAAGAUAAUAAUACGGAUAGUACUAUUGAAAGACAUGAUGUGAAUAGCACUGACAAUUCAAUCAAUGAAGAUGAUACAGUCUCUGAUAAAGAGAAGAAGAAACACCGAAAGAAACAUAAAAAGUUCAAUGAAAUUGCUUCAGAAUCUUGUUUUAAAGAUCAGACAAAAACCGAAUCAAGCAACAAUACAGGGAACGAUAUUUACAGGUAUAUCAAAUGUGAAAUUAAUGAUGAUACAGACAGUAUUAUCGAAAAUCAAAAUCUGAAUAAUACUAUCAAAAUUGAUACUUCAACCAAUCAAAUAUUAAAAAGCGAUACUAUUUCCGAAAAAGAGAAAAGAAAAUACCGAAGAAAACAUAAGAAAUCUAGUGAAAGUGAUCUAGAAUCUACUUCUGAGGAUAAAAAUAAAUCUAAAUUGAAUAAUAAUGCAGAAAGUGAUAUUUAUAUAAAUAUUAAAUGUGAAAAUAAUAUCCAUAAUAGUGUUAUUGAAAGCCACAAUCUAGAUAGUAGCAUUAUUAAGAUUGACAGUUCGAUGAAUGGAAUAUUGGAAGAUGAUGCUUUUUCUGAUAAAGAAAAGCAGAAAUUUCGAAAAAAACAUAAGAAAUAUCGUAAGAUUAAUCCAGAAUCUAUCUCUGACAAUAAGAAUGAAACUAUAUUGAGCAACAAUACAGACAGCAAUAUUCACAAAAAUAUUAAAUGUGAAGAUAAUAUUCAUGAUAGUGCUAUUGAAAGCAACAAUCUGGAUAGUAGCACUAUUAAAAUCGACAGUUCAACGAAGGAAAUAUUGGAAGAUGAUGCUUUUUCUGAUAAAAAAAAACAGAAAUUUCGAAAAAAACAUAAGAAAUAUCAUGAGAUUGAUCCAGAAUCUAUCUCUGAGGAUAAGAAUGCAACUAAAUUGAACAAUAAUACAGAUAGCAAUAUUCACAAAAAUAUUAAAUGUGAAGAUAAUAUCCAUAAUACAAACAGUGCUGAAAAUUACAAUCAGGAUAGAAUUAUUAAAAUUGAAAAAUUAACCAAUGAAAUAUCAGAAGAUGCUACUUCCAACAGAGAGAGGACUAAACAGCGAAAAAAACGCAAGAAGUCUCCUGAGAUUGAUACAGAGAGUGAAGCUGCAUCUGAUUAUUUAGAAAGUUACAAGAGAAAAAAAACAUCCAUAUUUUCGGAUUCAGAAUCAAAAACUCAUAUCAAAAUAAAAGCUGAGAAAUUUGAUUCAGAUGUAGAGUUUAAAAUUCCUAUUAAAAUAAAAGCAGAAAAAGUUUGAGUAAACUAUUUUCUAACUGAUACUAGAAAUACCAAUACUCGUACACAGAUGCAACCUCUCUGAUAUAACACAUAGACUUGGUUUCCUCUCCGACUAUGUUCAUACUGCGAGGAAAGUAAAAAUGUAUGGCAAUAUAAUUAUUUUUUUAAUUAAUUUGUAUGAUAACUUUACAUUUUUUGACGGAUCAACGAUAAGUUUGAUGAUAAGACGAAAUAAUUAUGUACAAAGUGGUACAUACAUGUAAUAUGAAACAUAAAAAUAUUUUUAUUAAUAGAUACAAAUUAUUUUAACGUACACAACGUAAUUGUCGUCAUGUACCCUGCGAAUCGAAGAUUUGUUUCAUUUAGCUCUGAAACUAUGUACUAUCAUCGUUGAUUAAUCAGAGAAUUAUGUAAUUUUUCCUACAAAUGUAUAUUGUAUUACUGUAAAUGUAUACUGAUUACUGUAAAUAAUCACAAAUAAUUUUUUUGUUUUUGUGCUAUACAUAAGAAAGAUAUUAGACAUGUAUAUCUGCAGUGUAUUCUUAAAGAGUUUAAGCUUUUUUUUUAUACAAGAGAAAAACUUUCGCAAUUUUUCGGAUUAGUCCGAGAGAGAGAAAGAAUUCAUGCACCAAAUUUAUUCAUACCGAAUAGUCAACGUAUCAAGAUGUAAAUAUUUAUCUCUUUUUUUAAUGUUGGACAAUAAAUUACAGCAGAAUGUUAUAUUAUGUACAUUAGAAUUCUUAUAUUACUUUAACACACACAUUCGCGUUUUUUAUAAACAUAUUAUUAUAAUAUAUUUUUUGAUUCGAUAAUCGUACGUCAUGGCAAAAUAAAAUAUAAUUGUGGCAUUAGAUGUAUACUUUGCUCCUCAGGAGAUUAAUGUUAUAAAUUAAACUUUACGACAGAUAUUGCGUUUCUAGCCCGAUAAUCCGGAAAGCGAUUUGCAUAAUGAAAAAAAGAAAUCUCUUAUCCUA